AUCUACAAGAAUAAUGUUAUGUAUUUUCGCCACAAAUAAUUGCAUUGCAUAACCUACUGUGAUCCGUGAAGCUCUUGACAUCUGCAAUGUCAUUUAGAGACACUAAAAGGAUAUUCCAGGUCAGCCAAACUACCUUGGAGUUCAGAACUUCAGGUCUACACUUGUAACAGUAGCCAUAUUUGUUAUACUGAGUAACGCUGCAUAAUUAACCGCGGUUACUGGAGCAAUCUGAAGUCUACUAGCUAAUUUUAACUCUUUAUAUACACGGUCGUCCAAAAUGUUCUAUAAUGAAGUCCUUCAAAUCUACAAGAAUAACUCUAUGUGUUUUCGUCAUAAAUAAUAGUAUUGCAUAAUCUGCUGGGAUCCGUGAAGCUCUUGAAAUCUCAAAUGUCAUUUACAGACACUAUAUGGAUGUUCCAGGUCAGCCAAACUACCUUGGAGUUCAGAACUUCAGAUCUACACUCGUAACAGCAGCCAUAGCUGUUAAACUGAGUAACGAUGCAUAAUCAAAUCAACCGUGGUUACUGGAGCAAUCUGAAGUCUUCUUGCUUAUUAUAGCCCGUUGGGAUAUUCACGAGCGUCCAAAAUGUUCUAUAAUGAAGUUCUUCAAAUUUACAAGAAUGUCUUUAUGUGUUUUCACCACAAAUAAUAGUAUUGCAUAAUUUGCUGGGAUCACUGAAGCUCUCAAAAUCUCAAAUGUCAUUUGGAGACAUAUCCCUAUAGUUCCAGGUCAGCCAAACUAGCUUGGAGUUCAGAACUUCAGGUUCAAUAAAUUGGAGUUCAGAGCUACAAGUCUACAAUUAUGGUAAAUGAAUUUUGCAAUGAAUUUUACAACGUUCUAUAUUCAACAAUUUACACUGAACCAUUUUGUCAGAUAAAAUCGAAAAUCCUUUGUGUUACAGGGUAUAUGCAGUAACAUUAUUUAACUGUGUACGCUAUCCAGCCAUGGAUAAAAAAAAUCAAGUCAAUAGGUAAUAUGCUAUGAGAAUGAUUAAAUUUUAGCAGAAAGUUCCCAUAAUACGACUUCGUGCCCAAAUGGUUCCAUGCUCUAUCUUUAUUGCAUAUAUUCUCUGUUGGUUAACAAACAUGAUUCUCCGAUCAUGAUUCUAUCGAACUUGUAAGAGCUAUAAUCACAGCAAAUGCUGCCAAUAUGACUUUGACGUCUUGUAAAGCCCUUCGGCCUUCUCCCAUGCAACUCCGAUUCCUAUCUCCGCGUGGCACCGGCCGGGUUACGAGCAACUUUAGAACAUGAUCUGGCCACACGUAGCACCUACAUUCGGCACAAUCUCCCUGUAACGACCCCUCGGUCGGCGCGUCGCACUACAUUGGACGAAAGAGUCAUGGUCAGCUGUGGUAAAACCAAACUUGAUUGCGAUUGACAGACAUCCAGGAAAACUGUCAUUGGUAGAUCUACUAGCUGGCAAAACAAAGAACAAUAGAUGCUGAUGAAACGUGAUGUGAUUUCAUGCUAGAAAUUUAGGAAUAACUUAAUCAUUAUUAACGCUGAAUUUGAAGUAGUGCUUAAGAAUAAUUGGAUUAGUGUGAAGGGUAUGAAAUAAUGUGCUUGAAUUUAUUGAUGGUUUUGUGCUUAAACUACAUUUUUUCUCUUAAGAUAACCUAAAACUACGUCUAUAGUACGGACUCGGCUUGACUAGUUUUUAUAGAUUGCAGUGAAUUCGAUAACAUUAAAUUAGAAUUAGAAUUCUCGGUAAGAUCGAUUAAAACAGAAAAACAAAUCACAUGCUAAAGCCCUUUCUGAUUAGGUGUAGUCUUCGCGGAUGAUUAUGAACUGUGUGCAGCAGAUGCAUCUAUUCCAUUGAUAGGAUAAUCUCCGGUAAAUCCAAUUGGAAAUAAGAAGUGCAACAUUUUCUAACUAGAAUGCUAUUCCUAUUACAGAAGCAAUCCUCUCUCAAGCAAGCAAACGUUGAACAAAAAAACGAAAUAAGAACACUAAACGUAAGUCACAAUAAUAUAUAAUAACAUGCUCAACUAUCCUAACUAAGUAUGUAUUCCAGGAAAUUUUUAAUACAUUCUCACUAUUAUUAAAAAUACGGAACUUCUUAUUUCGCGUUGCCUGUCAACAACAAAUUAAAAAUUUCGUUUAUUCACGAGUAUUUGCGAGAAGAAUAGUGAAGAUGUCUCAUCACUCGCAUCAGACCGAUCCUGGUCUAGAUAACGCUUCGAAUCAAAUCCAGGGAGUCCCAUGCUCCACGCCAACAGAGAAAUGCAACGUCUGCAGUGGUACGGAUCUCCGCCGUGUGUGGCACUGCAACAUAUGCCGCUAUUGGUAUCAUCCAGCUUGCAUCGGAAUCGAUUCUGUUAACGAGAAUCCGAGGUUCGUGUGCCCACAAUGUCAACCACUAACUGGUGCCCUAAAGCAUACAUACACUUCAGCUCCGUCUAGAUCGGUUCCUGUAAGUACAACUCCCCUAGAGUAUGUAAAUAUGUCGUGGUCGCAAAUAUCUCCAGUUACUACUGCGCCGUCGACCGUACCCAUUAGUAUGACACCUUACGCUCUUGGUUACCCUCGCACAACAAUGUCCGUAAAUCCGAUCGCUUCAGUAAUCCCGCAUGCUGCAACAGUGCCGCAGUUCAGCAACGCGUUCCCAAAUACAUUCCCUACGGUAUCCAGUCUUGCUCGAACACUCCCUCCGUGUCACAUUUCGACGCCUCCCUCGUUGAUAAGUCAACCUCCCGCGAUGCAAGAAGCUGCUGUAUCAGCUACACCUGCAUCUGUCCCAGAGCCUUUACUUCCUCCGUAUGGGUUUGCAGCAACAUCAUUGAUAAAUCAAACAUCGAUGAGAUCGUCAGGUGUAACGCCAGCAGCAACAACAUCCGCUACAGUGUCCAACGUAGCACCGGCGGUACUGCCACACUGUGGGUUUCCUGCACCAGUGUUACUCAACCAACAACUUCGUAGCAUGAUAUCAUCAACUACUGCUCCCGUGUUAGUCAGGGAACCACUGGCAAUAUCAACGACAUUCGCACCAAUUCAUCUCCAAAGCAACAAUUCUGCAGUUCAAAUGGAUUCUAGGAGUCAAAGCUCGAGAGCAACAAGUUCAAGACUAUCCGCUAAGCAAAAGCAGAAGAAGCUGGAAUUGGAAAUGUUGGAUGAAGAAAGGAAGCUCCAAGAAAAGGAAGAAGCAAACAAACGAGAAUAUCUUCGAAAAAGAUACGAGCUUCUGCAGGAAAUUGCCAGUGAGACAUCUUCGGUAGCCGACAUCAAUGUGGAAGAGGAAGGACCCAAUGAGAGAGUAAACUCAUGGCUCCAAUCUAGAGAGCUAGAAAACCAUACGAUCCGAAAUCAAGAACCUGCUUUACAGGUACAGCAACAAACAUCGCAUGCUUCCAUGGACGUUACAACAUCUCACCGAGCGAACGCUUUCGUACAAAACGUUACGUACAGCAUGCAACCGGAGCGCAGACAAUCGUAUGUACAAGACGACAGCCGAGCUCCGCCAAGAAGCAUAAGAUUUGCAAAUGCAAGUGUGCCUACCUUCGACCCGAUGCUGCGUUCUACCCCGAGGCAAAUGAGAUCGCAAAUGGAGUAUGGCAACAAUCUUUCUCACAGCCAAGUUGCUGCACGACAGGCCGUUUCGCGAGAGCUACCAAACUUUAGCGGAUCUCCGGAGGAGUGGCCGCUGUUCUACUCAACGUUUAUUUCGACGACAGAUAUGUGUGGGUACACGCAGGAAGAAAACCUUAUACGCCUUCAAAAAUGCCGAAGAGAAAAGGCAUAUGAUGCUGUGAAAUGUAGACUGAUGCACCCUACCAACGUUCCUGGAAUAAUCGCAACGCUCAAAAUGCUCUAUGGUAAUCCUGAGGUCAUUAUUCAUAACUCGAUAGCGAAGAUCCAUGCUGCUCCGGCUCCUAAAGCAGACAAACUAGACACCGUUAUCGACUUUGCGCUAACGGUGCAAAACCUUUGUGCAACAAUUGAAGCUUGUGAACUUUUGGAAUAUACCUACAAUGUGGCGCUGCUAAAAGAGCUUGUUGACAAACUUCCCCCAUCUCUCAAAUUAGAUUGGGCAAAACAUCGGCGUACUCUUGCAACGGUUCAUCUCACUGCGUUUGCUGACUGGCUGUACGACCUUGCUGAGACUUUAUGCCCGAUAGCGACGUUAAGUGUUUCUCGUACUGGAAAAGGUGGACCGGCUUUUCUUAAUGCGCACUGUGAAGAAUCCGACACCUCAUCUACGGCGAAUCAUACCUCACCUACAUGUCCAGCAUGCAAAGGUAACUGUGUAAAUCUCGACAAGUGCCAACGGUUCCUCGAGUUAGGAUACAAUUCCAGAUGGACGCUUAUUAAGGAGGCUGGAAACUGCAGAAAAUGUUUGAAGAAGCAUAAAGCACCUUGCAAAUCACAAAAGGUCUGUGGAAAAAAUGGUUGCUCUUUCAAACAUCAUCCGUUACUCCAUAACAGUCAACGUGAUGGUGGUGAAGCACCUGCGAAGCAGGACGAUAAGCUGGAUGUCGACGCCUCAGAUCUUGAAAGGCGGGGUUGCAAUGCUCAUCACAACCCGGCGACUAAGACACUGUUUCGCGUCGUUCCCGUUAUGUUGUAUAGCCGCGAAAAGGUAGUCAAAACCUACGCCUUUCUGGAUGAUGGAUCAUCAUGGACUUUGAUGGACGCAGAACUUGCCGCAGAGUUAAACGUGGAUGGUGAACGGGUGCCUAUAUGUUUGAAGUGGACUGGGGACAAACAUCGGUAUGAGAACAACUCGAGAAUGGUAGAAGUUGACAUUUCCGGAAUCGAGAAAAACUCCAAGAAAUACCCUUUAGGAGAGGUACACACGGUUCCAAACCUCGGUCUCUUUCAUCAAUCACUUUGUAUGAACGAUCUCGCCCAACAAUAUAGCCAUCUUAAAGGGAUCCCAGCUGAGUCAUAUAGAAACAUUCAGCCACGUCUUCUUAUUGGAGUGAAUAACGCCAAUCUUGGCCAUCCGCAAAAAGGCAGAGAGGGAAGAAUGCAUGAACCACUCGCCACGAAGACACGCCUCGGUUGGAUCGUUCAUGGAGGUUCAGAUGGGGGCGUGUUCACUGGAUACCAUAGUUGGAAUAUCGGUGUAUGCAAUGAAGAUAACAAUGACAUUCUACAUCGAGCAAUGCAGGAGUAUUUUUUACUCGAUAGUUUGGGUAUUUCGAGGCCAAAUCAUCUCAUCGUCUCGGCAGACAACCAACGUGCACAAGACAUCUUACAGACCAUGUCAAGAACCGAAAACGGUCGCUUCGUAACACGUCUUCUGUGGAAAUUUGACGAGUUUCGCCUUCCCAACAGUAAACCAACAGCACUUCAACGUUUACGAUGCCUUGAGGCUAGACUGAAAAGAGAGCCCGAGCUGGCUGAAGCAAUGCAACAGAAAAUCGAGGACUACAUGAAGAAAGGAUACAUUCGUCGGCUGACUGCGGAGGAAUUGCUGCAAACAAAAACACGCGUGUGGUACCUCCCGAUAUUUCCCGUUUUUAACACACAUAAACCUGGGAAACUAAGGAUCGUGUGGGACGCAGCAGCAAAAUCUCAGGGAGUCUCUCUCAACACACUGCUCCUAAAAGGGCCAGACCAGUUAACUUCCUUGAACUCGGUCCUUUUUCAGUUUAGGGAAGGUAAGGUGGCCAUCUGCGGGGAUAUCCGAGAGAUGUUCCACCAAACGCUGGUUCACGAGGAUGAUCAACAUUGUCAACGGUUUCUAUGGAGGGAACAUUCGACUGAUCAAGAGCCCAGCACCUUUUUGAUGCAGGUCAUGACCUUUGGAGCCUCCUGCUCACCAAGUUGUGCGCAGUACGCUAAAAACCUCAACGCAAAGGAAUUCGAAGGAGAGUAUCCUGAAGCUGCUGAUGCAAUAACGAAGAAACAUUACGUGGACGACAUGUUAGCUAGCGUGGAAACUGAAAACGAGGCGAUUAAACUUGCUUUGGACGUUCGACAUGUCCACGCUCAAGCAGGUUACGAAAUGCGAAACUGGCUCUCUAAUUCUCCGAUCGUUCUCAAUGCACUAAAUGCGGACCAGGAUCACGAGAAGAGCCUGAACCUUAAUUCAGAGUUGGCAACAGAAAAAAUAUUAGGAAUGUGGUGGUGUACUUCGACCGACACGUUUACUUACAAACUAUCCCCAAAGCAUGAUAUCGAGCUGCUAUCCGGGAAACGGAGUCCAACGAAACGAGAGAUGCUACGUACUCUGAUGGCGAUAUUCGAUCCACUAGGACUCAUCUCGAAUCUACUGAUUUUUUUGAAAAUACUUCUACAAGAAGUAUGGCGGUCUGCUGUUGGCUGGGACGAGGACAUCCCAGAAUCACUGAAUGCCAAAUGGGAGCUAUGGCUACAGUUUCUUUCAAUGGUGCAGUCAGUAAGAAUUCCCCGCUGUUUUCGAACAACUGUUAGCCUAGGCGAAGGCACCAACGUUCAGCUCCACACGUUCGUAGACGCUAGCGAGUUCGCAUACGCAGCGGUUGCAUAUCUGCGUUUCGAGCAAAACGGCAAGGUGGAGUGCGCAAUUGUCUCCGCUAAGGCAAGAGUGGCUCCUCUACGAUUUGUCUCAAUACCUCGGCUUGAACUACAGGCGGCAGUAAUCGGCUCCCGAUUAGCAGAAACUAUCGCAAGCUCGCUAUCUUUGAAAAUAGAUGAACGUGUUUUUUGGACAGAUUCACGGGAUGCUCUGUGUUGGAUCCGUUCAGACCAUAGGCGUUACUCCCAGUUCGUGGCAUUUCGCGUAAGUGAACUUUUGGAAACCACUACGAUUUCAAGUUGGAGAUGGGUAAGCUCGAAAGAAAAUGUCGCUGAUGAAGCUACCAAGUGGCAAGGACAACCGGACCUUGACAGCAGUAGUCGGUGGCUUAACGGACCAGAUUUUCUCUAUAACGACCGUGAAUAUUGGCCGACUGAACCUACUCAUGGAACGAGUACGAAAGAGGAACUACGCGCCCAACUUUUCCAUCACGGCGCUGCACCAGCACCGGUAAUCAAUUUCAACUAUUUUGGUACAUGGGAACGACUUCUACGUGUGACUGCUAGGCUGUUUAGAUACACACAUAAUCUUAGACAGUUAGUAAUCAAACAACAUCGCAUAGGCGGUCCUCUUUCAAAAUCAGAACUACAACGUGCCUGGAUAUACCUCUUUCAACAAGUACAGCUAGAGUCGUACCCCGAGGAGAUAAACGUUCUUUCGGCUUCUAAAGAGAAUCAGCUGCCAAAGUCCAGCGCGAUCUACGCCUUCACGCCGUUCAUGGAUGACAACGGAAUAGUUAGAAUGCGUGGAAGGAUUGGAAACUGUGAAUUUGCUACGAUGGAUGUUAAAAACCCUAUUAUUCUUCCGAAGAAUCAUCAUGUUACCAGAUUGAUUCUGAUGGACUUCCAUGUGCGCUAUCAUCAUGCUAACCACGAGACCGUCAUAAAUGAGGUUCGACAAGUGUACCGCAUUCCGAAAUUAAGACUUUUGUACAAAAGUGUCAGAUCCGACUGUCAACAGUGCAAAAACGAGAGGGCCAAACCGAACCCUCCAAUAAUGGGAGAUUUACCAGAAGGCAGAUUAGCAGCAUUCACAAGGCCAUUUUCGUUUGUCGGUGUUGAUUAUUUUGGGCCUAUGUACGUGACGAUUGGUCGGCGGCUCGAGAAAAGGUGGGGCGUGUUAAUAACAUGCCUAACUGCGCGGGCCAUUCACGUGGAAAUCGCGCAUUCGCUCAACGCUGAUUCGUGUAUUAUGGCCCUGAGAAACUUUAUGGCCAGGAGAGGUGUACCGACAAAAAUAUACAGUGAUCGUGGUACGAAUUUCGUGGCAUCUAGUAAAGAGCUAAACGCAGCAUUGAAGGAGAUGAAUCAGGAUCAUAUGAUACGGGAGAUCGUGAGUCCACAUACCGAAUGGGAGUUUCUUCCACCGGCGUCUCCACACAUGGGCGGUUGUUGGGAACGCCUCGUACGUUCGGUUAAAGUGAACCUUGAGAAAAUGAAACCUCAACGCAAUCCUUCGGAUGAAGUUCUGCGCAACACGUUAACUGAAAUAGAAAAUAUCGUCAACUCGCGCCCGUUGACAUUUGUAUCCGUUGAAGACCCUGAUGACCCGGUACUAACCCCAAACCAUUUGUUACUGGGGUCAUCCAGCGGACUUAAACCAGCAGCACCUCUUGAAGACAGCGGACGUGCUCUAAAACGAGCAUGGCGAGCAUCACAAGCUGAAGCGAAUCUGUUUUGGCGAAGGUGGGUACGAUACUAUCUACCCGAUCUCACCAGGCGUUCCAAAUGGUACAAUAAGGUCAAGCCCAUAAGUGUGAACGACGUUGUAGUUGUCGUCGAUCCUGGAUUACCUCGGAACUGUUGGCCGCUGGGACGUAUCAUCUCGGUUCGAACAGGGAAAGACCAGCAGGUAAGAGUAGCAACGGUGCAAACUAAGAAUGGGAUCUACGAGCGUCCAGCCACAAAGCUGGCGGUUCUGGAUGUUCGACGCGACGGAUCGGUAAGCCAAACACUUGGCGUACCCGGGGGGGACUGUAACGACCCCUCGGUCGGCGCGUCGCACUACAUUGGACGAAAGAGUCAUGGUCAGCUGUGGUAAAACCAAACUUGAUUGCGAUUGACAGACAUCCAGGAAAACUGUCAUUGGUAGAUCUACUAGCUGGCAAAACAAAGAACAAUAGAUGCUGAUGAAACGUGAUGUGAUUUCAUGCUAGAAAUUUAGGAAUAACUUAAUCAUUAUUAACGCUGAAUUUGAAGUAGUGCUUAAGAAUAAUUGGAUUAGUGUGAAGGGUAUGAAAUAAUGUGCUUGAAUUUAUUGAUGGUUUUGUGCUUAAACUACAUUUUUUCUCUUAAGAUAACCUAAAACUACGUCUAUAGUACGGACUCGGCUUGACUAGUUUUUAUAGAUUGCAGUGAAUUCGAUAACAUUAAAUUAGAAUUAGAAUUCUCGGUAAGAUCGAUUAAAACAGAAAAACAAAUCACAUGCUAAAGCCCUUUCUGAUUAGGUGUAGUCUUCGCGGAUGAUUAUGAACUGUGUGCAGCAGAUGCAUCUAUUCCAUUGAUAGGAUAAUCUCCGGUAAAUCCAAUUGGAAAUAAGAAGUGCAACAUUUUCUAACUAGAAUGCUAUUCCUAUUACAGAAGCAAUCCUCUCUCAAGCAAGCAAACGUUGAACAAAAAAACGAAAUAAGAACACUAAACGUAAGUCACAAUAAUAUAUAAUAACAUGCUCAACUAUCCUAACUAAGUAUGUAUUCCAGGAAAUUUUUAAUACAUUCUCACUAUUAUUAAAAAUACGGAACUUCUUAUUUCGCGUUGCCUGUCAACAACACUCCCUUAUCGUUACAAGUGGUGAUCACUACAGCACACGGACUUCUGCGUUAUUAUCGACGUCAGGACCUAUCGUGGCGCUUACAUCGACUCUGACCACUACCUGGUGAUGAUAAAAAAUGCGUCUAAAACUUUCUGUGAUUAACGACGUACGGUACCAACAGCCGCCUAAGUAUAUGCUGGAGCAACUGAAGCAACCGGAUUAUAAUUUUUAAAUUAAUUCUUGUUAACGCUUAAUAAAUAAACUAAACACAAUCAUAAUGGUUGAUAAUGUUGUGUAACACGAAAAAGUAAAAAUAAGGUUUUAUUACGUGGACUUCAUGUAAUAUAUUACAGGACAGUGUGUACGACUCUGAUUAUCCCGAAGUACUACUAUGUCAUAGUCUCUGCUUCAAUUGCUGUAGAUGCUAGAUAAUAAACACCAGAAUAGUUUGGAUGGCCCCAGCCGAUCUUAUGAUGUCUGAUGAGCUUUCAGAAGACUUAGUGGACAUGAUAGAUUACAAAUCGGAGCUUUGUAUAAUGAAAGAAGUUACCGUUACACCCGUAGACUUUAGGAUCUAAACUCAAGAACAGUUUGGGUGACCUAGGAUAUCCCGACUGAUCUGAUACUCUCUAUUGAACUUUCAGAAGACUGAUUGGACAUGCUAGAUUAUAAAUCGUAGCUUUGUAUAAUGAAAGAAGCUACCGUUACACUCGUAGACUAUAGGAUCUAAACUCAAGAACAGUUUGAUUGACCUAGGAUAUCCCGACUGAGCUGAUACUGUUUAUUGAACUUCCAGAAGACCUACUGGACAUGAUAGAUUACAAACCAAAGCUGUGUAUAAUGAAAGAAGCUACCGUUACACCCGUAGACUCUAAACUCAAGAACAGUUUGGAUGACCUAGGAUAUCCCGACUGAUGUAAUACUCUCUAUUGAACUUUCAGAAGACUUACUGGACAUGAUAGGUUACAAAUUGAAGCUUUGUAUAAUGAAAGAAGUUACCGUUACACCCGUAGACUUUAGGAUCUAAACUCAAGAACAGUUUGGGUGACCUAGGAUGUCCGGAAAAAAUAUUCUGCAUAAUAUUCUACCUUUUUUAUACUAUUGAGCACUAAAACUACAGAAAUACGUAGAAAAAACUCCAUAAUAACGCUUGGAAAAAUUCCGGUUUCAAAG